AUUCAAUUACUUUUUAUCAAUGAUGAAAUACCAAGGAUUUAUUCUUCUCUGCUUUGCUCUCUUUUUGAUGGUGACUUUUGCUCAAGCUCAAGCAUCUAGUGGAGGUGCUUCAGGUGGUUCCAGCGUUGGUGCUUCAGGUAGUUCUAGUGGUAGUGCCUCUUCUUCUUCUUCUUCUGCAGCAGUUUCAGCAGCUGUUUACCUUAGUCCAAAUAUGGCCUUCCAAACCAUUUCUUUCCUUGGUGUAUUUGCCAUUAGUGCUGCCUUUGCCUUAGCUUGAUUUUUUUUUCCUAUGAUACUCCUUUUCGACACUUCUCGUUUUUUUCUUUCACAAAUAAAAC